AGAAAUAAAAAAAAAUCAAUUCCACAAAAUUUUCUUGAAUAACCUACACUCUGUGCUCAGAACAUGAAAAGGCACUUAAAAAUGCCCAAAAGAAGGGUUCUUUAUGUGCACAAUGAAAAUUUAAUGCAACAAGCUGACAAAAACCCCGCUGUUAGGGGUAGAGCAACAUUGACGCAUUCGCUCAUUGGCUCUUAUGGUCUACUUAUGCAUAUGCAAAGACUGAAGCCAAAGAUUUGCACAUAUGCAGAUUUACGAAGCUUUCACAAUCACGCUUACGUUGAACAGUUGGUAAAGAAAGUCACGCAGUCUAAGCAGAAAGUGUCCGAAAAUGCAUUUAUCGCAGAUGAAGGUGAAAAAAAUUCCACAAGUGAAGAUGAAGCUGACAACGACUAUUGUUUGGACACUACAUUUGCACACAAAGAAUACGGUUUAGGUUUCGAUUGUCCUAGUUGGCGUGGCAUGUGGGAAUAUGUGUGCGCAGUAGCUGGUGGUACUAUGAGCGCUUGUGCGGCUUUAUGUAAAUAUGGCACCAAAAAUGACUGCAAUCAAACCAUUAUUAUUAAUUGGACAGGUGGCUGGCAUCAUGCACAACGUGAACGUGCAGCUGGCUAUUGCUACGUUAAUGAUAUCGUUUUGGGCAUAUUGGUGUUACGAGAGCAUUUCAAUCGUAUACUUUAUAUUGAUUUAGAUGUACAUCAUGGCGAUGGCGUACAGCAGGCGUUUGAAAUAACCAAACAUGUUUUUACAUUUUCUAUGCAUCAAUACGAAUGCGGUUUCUAUCCCGGCACAGGUGGUAUAGAUGAUUGUGGUUUUGGCAGUGGCAAGGGAUACGCUGCGAAUUUCCCCUAUCAUAGUGGCAUAAGCGGUGGAAAUUUUUGUAAAUAUUUUAAACGCAUAUUAACUAAAAUUUUGGCAUGCUAUAAACCUGAAGCGUGUGUGGUACAGUGUGGUGCAGAUGUAAUUGUUGGCGAUCCACUUGGUGAUACUAAUCUCACACCAGCUGAUCUAUUAGAUUGCUUCGAUUUUAUAUUGCAAAGCGAACUGCCAACCGUAUUUUUGGGUGGUGGCGGCUAUAAUUUUACAAAUGCUAGUCGAUUUUGGACACAACUGACUGCCUGUUGUUGUUCUGUAGAAUUGCCAGAUGACAUACCUGCUGAUGAUAAAUAUUUUCUAAAAUAUGGUCCUGAUUAUAGUUUACAUAUUAAAGCUUCCAAAUUUAUGAAAAACCUGAACACCUUGGAACACUUGGAAACUUGCGCAAUAGCCAUUGAAGAUAAUCUCGAGAAGUACAAUGUAAAGGCGAUCUGAACUUCAAACCUUACUAGGUGAUCCUAAUUAAUUUAAAUUUAUUCACUCGACUGUUU